AACGUAUUUUGAUUUCACCUACCUGCUGCCAUGAUCUGACACUCAGACGUCCGGAAAUAGUGUCCUCUCAGACACUUACGUUGAUCAAGGUUACGGAUUGUUUGUUGGCUUACUAUUUGUCGCGGUUGGCGUUGGUUGUACUCUUAUGCAUCAUUCAAAAUCAAGUGGUCAUUGGAAACAAAGAUGGAGUGGCCAGACUUCGAUUUCAACGUCUGGCUCUAUUGCUCGCUUUUAGCCGGCAUGAUCCCAAUCCUCAUUCCUGCAUUACAAUUUGGAUUUAUAUUCCGUCUGUGGGAUCAAUACAAUAAGCCAGUCAAUCGAAUGCAUUGCCAGAACUCAUGCUGGGACACUGUUUUCAAAGCCGGAUAUGAAACGGGGGUUGGGUCCUACAAGCAUGUCUACUUCAAUGCCACUUCCAAUGCCCUGAUGAUGUGGUCCCUGACAGUCUUGUGCGUAAUUGGCUUGUACGAAGGCAUUCGGAAAGUAUUUAUGUCGUUGUAUCACGGCACUGCUCGUCCUCGAAUGGUGAUUUUGUUUCUCUCUGUGGUAUUUCCCCAUUAUUACGCUUGGUGGGCGUAUUUUAACUAUUACAACGACGACUAUUUCGACCAAUUUUGGCAUCAGUUGUUCUUCACUGUGACGGAGAUGGCUUCAACUUUGACUGUGUUGAGUUUGAUUGACAAAUCUAGUGUCGUGACUCCCCGAAAGACCUUGGUUAUCAUCAGUAUCGCUGUGCUGCAUAUUGUGGCCAGUGGAUGGGACCAAUUUGUGGAGAACGUGCUUCGUCAAGAAGGGAUGCUUCAUCAAAUCCUCCGAGACCUCGGCUUCAUGAUACCUGAUCUGCUGCACAUGUGGAUUCCGUGGUUAGAAUUACGAGAUAUGGCUCAAAGGAGAAGAGUGCCACCCUCACAUUUAAUCAAAACCGAGGACUUUAUUGGUGCCACUGUUUUCGUGGCUUUGGCUUGGAUGAUUUGCUUGCUUAUAAAAUAAGUUAUUCUUCUUGUACUACAUCUGAUGAUAAUGCUUCAUUUAGAGACUUGGUUUGGGGUAAAUGUAAUUAAAAAGUAUAGUUGAAAAUGUGGUUACAAAAAUUCGAGAUCUCUGAAUUCAGCCCACAAGAAUGAAUUGUUUCAUCAGGGUGUUGACUCAGGUAGAUCUACAGUAAAUACCAAGUAACUGUCUCUGAAAUUAUUCAAGAAUAAACGGCUGUGAUCAAAGGUU